AUAAUUGAAAGCCCUUUUGGCACUGAAGUUGCGGCGAUGAACGCGGCGGGCGAAGGAGAUGUCGAGACGAAGCCAACGAUGGUGGUGGCGGCGGCGGAGAUGGCCGAAGCGCAGUACGUGAGGGCGAAGACGGCGGUUUGGUGGGACAUAGAGAACUGCCAAGUCCCCAAAGGCGUCGACGCUCAUGGGAUCGCGCAGAACAUUAGCUCGGCGCUGGAGAAGAUGAACUAUCUCGGCACAGUCUCGAUCUCCGCGUUUGGAGAUACGAAUCGUAUCCCUCCGGCGAUUCAGCAAGCUCUUAACUCCACCGGAAUUGCACUCAAUCACGUCCCCGCCGGAGCUAAAGAUGCGAGUGAUAAGAAGAUUCUAGUAAACAUGUUUUGCUGGGCGCUUGAUAACCCUGCGCCUGCGAACUUUAUGCUGAUCUCUGGGGAUAGAGACUUCUCUGACGCUCUUCACCAGUUGAGGUUGAGACGUUACAAUGUUCUCUUGGCUCAGCCUCGCAAAGCUUCCGUGCCGCUUGUUCACGCUGCGAGGACCGUGUGGCUGUGGACGAGCCUUUCAGCUGGUGGGAUGCCUCUCUCGAAAAGCGAAAGCUUGCAGCUUAUCGCCAAUGCGCCAACGCAGGAGUGUGUUCCGUCAAGCCAACCUCAGGAUUCGAACAAAUUCAAGGCUAAGUACCUUCCAAAACCUCCUCCAGCGCCUAAUAAUUACCAAUGUCAGCAGCAGCAGCAGCAGAAUAGUCAAGGGAAGCUGAUUAAGAAACCUCAUGAGCUUUUUAGAGGCAGUGAGCCCUCUUCUUCCACCACCAUACCUGCUCCUCCCAUUUUACCCACUACCAAUGUCAAUACUUUCACUGGUAAUGAUGCGAUGAGUAAUCCUCAGAAUCAGUACAACUAUGCUCCUAGACCUGGUCCUUAUCCUCAUAGGCAGCCUUACCCUAACCCUGAUGCUUCUUGGAAUAACGGAGUUAGCAUCCCUAACUAUUUUCCCAAUGCUUCCAGGCCAGGUGCUUCUAAUAUGCGACCGCCUUAUGGUAAUGUUUUCCGUCCGUACCGGCCAGAGAAUCUGCAUCCUCCUAUGAAUAAUGGUUUCCGACCGAGGAAUGACGGUCCUAGGUUUAUGUCUUCACCUGAUCUCAGCAACCUAAGUGUGUCUCAGUAUCCAAGCCAAACUCAAACUCAAAUUCGUCCUAAUUUUUAUCCUCAAGUUAGACAGGAGUUCAGACCAAAGAUGGAAUCAUCAUCAUCAUCUUCUCUUAGCUUAAACAGUGGAAAUAAAGUUUAUCUUCCACGGAGUACUAGUGCCCCAGUAACCAGUACUACUACAACCACAGUGAACACCACCAACUCAACCACUCAUGGAGUCUCACCUCCUCAGCUUCCAUUGGUUGCUUCUGGAUCUGGUUCCAGCAAUGGUAUGUGGGGAACAACACAAGAGUGCCCGCCACAGCCACCGUCUGAGUAUGUUCAAGGCCUUAUAGGGGUUAUCUUACAUGCUCUAAACAUCUUGAAAACCGAAAAAGUUAGUCCCACCGAGCCUAAUAUCUCCGAUUGCAUUCAGUAUGGAGAUCCGAAGCAUCACGGUACUGAUGUAAAGAAAGCUUUAGAGAGUGCAGCGGAGCAUCAAAUGAUCAUGGUUGUAAACAUGGGUAAACUGAAGCUUUACCUUGUCAAAGAUGAACCUCUAUGGAACUGUGUAAACCCUUUAGGGGGCAACCCUAAGCAAUACCCAAAAGCAGCUUGGGAUAGACUUCAUCAGUUUCUAACCUCAUCCUCUGGGCGUGUGGCGAUUAUGGCAACGCAGUGCAGGUAUGAAGCUGCACAGAUUCUGAAAAAGCAAUGCCUAAAAGAGUAUGCUAUAGGUGACAUAGUUCAGAUCUUGGAUAUAACAGCAACCUGGAAGAAAUGGAUUACUUAUAAUCAAACAGGAUGGAAACCAAUUACUGUUAACCUUGCUGCUGCGGAGACUACAAAAAAGAAAGCUACUGAAACCGUGACAGGUAUCCAACCUGUUGCCUGAAAUAUUGUUCCAUGAAGAAGUGAAGAUGUAGUAGUAGCCUAUAUGGGUACACUACUUUGAAUAUCAAAUAUAGAGCACACUAAGACAUGGAUGUUUUCCAUAUCUAAAAACUUCAGAACUAUGAUGAAUCUGAAGUCUGGAGUACUAGUUACGUUAGUAGUAGUAGGCACGUUUUUCUUUUAUUUUUCUUUUUUUCAUUUUACUAUCGUCGGUUCAUUACAAAUGAGUCAAGGCUAAAAAUAUGGGGGGGGGAUGGUUAAGGGUUUGGACCUAUUGGUUAUGUAUUAGUACAUGGUUGGGUUCUAUAAAAACCUUAGUGUUCCUUAGAAGAAGAAGGGAGAUUUGCUCAAUUUCAUCAUCUCAAGGGAUAAACAAGUUAGUGGGAAAAGCAACGUUGAUUUGGGAAUCUCUGCAUCACCAACGUUGCUGCAGUCUGUUUCUUUUGGUCUAAUGCGAUUAAGAGAUAUCUACUGUGAUAUGGAUGGAUAAUAUCUGUAGCUUCGCCAGUUUUCUUUUUUAUUUUAUUUACCUGCGUCUUAUUUUGUAGUCUGAAGACUCUGAACCACGAAGUUUCAUUUUCUUUAUAUGAAUAUUAUGUUUUAUGUU